ACAGAGAAUGUGAGAUGGAUGUACACUCACUGAGGGUGUUUAUGUGCUUUGCCUCUUUUUAACUCCUUGUAGUUUAACACCAUCAGGUCUGUGAUGUCAGACAAACGGCCGCUCACACUUUGACUCAUCUCCAACAAGAUAGUUGACGUUUAUCUAGUAUUUUUUCUAGAAUAUAGAAAACUCUGCACCGGAUCAGACAGGUUGGGGAUCAUAUCUAGGCUUUUGUUUAUGUUUUUUUGUUUUUGUUUUUGUUUUUUCUCGAACCUGUGUGGUUCAGAUUCUGCGGACUAGGCGCGCGUCCUUCAGCUCUCUGGAUAAAAGUUUGUCGUUUUUUUAGGUUUUUACUUCAAAUUCAACAGACUGAGGAGGAGGCAGGAUGUCUCUGAGCAGAAACACCGAGUUCGAACACUUUGAAGACCGAGACAGGCCUCAGCGGACACCCAGGACCAGCUCUGCCUCCGCCGGGUCCCAGUCCGGCUCAAGAGGCGCCGGUCUAGUCCCGAGCCCGGCGCACAGCGCGCACUGCGCCUUCUACCGCACGCGCACUCUGCAGUCCCUCACGUCCGAGAAGAAAGCCAGAAAAGUGCGCUUUUAUCGCAACGGCGACAAAUACUUCAAAGGUUUGGUGUAUGCCGUGUCCAGCGACCGCUUCCGGUCCCUGGAUGCUCUGCUCAUGGAGCUGACACGGUCCAUGUCCGACAACGUCAACCUCCCCCAGGGGGUGCGGACCUUGUACGCCCUGGACGGGGGCAGGAAGAUCAGCAGCCUGGAUGAGCUGGUGGAAGGAGAGAGUUACGUCUGUGCCUCCAACGAACCUUUCCGACGUGUGGACUACUCCAAGAAUGUGAAUCCCAACUGGUCGGUGGGCAUGAGGACGGGCACAUCACGCUCCAUGUCCUGUCUUGUCCCGUCAAAGAGUGAGCUGCUGCAGAGGGAACCUAAGGACUUCAUCAAACCAAAGCUUGUCACGGUCAUCCGGAGCGGCGUCAAACCUCGGAAGGCAGUUCGCAUACUGCUGAAUAAGAAAACGGUUCACUCCUUCGAGCAGGUGCUCACAGAUAUUACAGAUGCUAUCAAGUUGGACUGUGGAGCUGUGAGGAGGCUCUACACUUUGGAGGGCAAACAGAUCUCCUGCCUGCAAGAUUUUUUUGGAGAUGAUGAUGUGUUCAUUGCAUGCGGUCCAGAGAAGCACCGUUAUGCACAGGACGACUUUGUGUUGGAUCACAGUGAAUGCAGCGUGAUAAAGUCGUCAUACAGUCGAUCUGUGACUCCGAACCGAACAGCGCAGUCCAGGGCUCAGUCCAGGAGUCCUGGACCCCCACGACGCAGUAAGUCCUCAGGUGCAGCGAGACGACCUGUUCACCUCUCUAGUCACACUCCAAUCAGAUCUCCUGCUACCAGGUCCACCAAGUCCUCCACACCAUCUCCUACCAGUCCACCAAACUUUCUCAGUUUGAAG